AUGGAGGCCCAAGCGACGAAGAAGUCCCUACCCAUCGAGAUCUGGGAGGCCAUCCUCGAUGAAAUUCAUUGGCUUCCCGGCUUUGCCGGCUCGCCGAUCCCAACUCGCGAUUUCCACCAGCAGCAGCGUACUCUCAGCGCAUGCACGCGCGUGUGUCGAGCAUGGUCAACACAUGCGUGCUUCCUUCUCUGGCACGACGUCCUCCUCGACACAGCGCCAUCCGUCGCCUCAUUCAUCGCUACCGUUCGCAACGCCCCGGAGCGAUGGACACCCCUCGUCUCCUCCCUCUUCCUGCACUCAGAUCUAGGAACCCGUGCAGAAGGUCUAUUCAUGCAGCCAUUUCCAAACCUCACCCUGCUCUCCGCGAACGCGGUGAAUUGGAGCGUCCAUCCGCAACUUUUCCGCAUGCGACUUCCGUUCUUCGCCAGCAUCAGAGAAUUGCAAUUGGAGAAAUGCAACUUCCCCACCCUGAGGACCUUACUUGACUUCGUAUGGUCCACCCCUAAGCUCGCCCGCCUGGUUCUUCAGAGCUCUCGUGUGUCAAAAGAGAACGUCCACGAGACAGCCGCCGCGAACUUGGAAAGAGCAUGCCAACAUGUACGAGGAUGUAGUAAGCUCACGUCCCUCUUCCUCUAUGGGUAUCCCUUUGUGUUGGAACCCUUCACGGUGCCCGGAACCGUCUUUGGCUCGGCAGUGACCGCCCUGGAUAUUACCUAUAUGCACUUCAUUGAUGCUCAGUCCCUUCCGAGAUUUUUACGAGGGUCAUUUCCCGCUCUCAGCGAACUCUACGUCGCCAUCGACGAUUUCACCACAGGGCGCUCCGCUAACAGCACUAAACCCUCCUUCCUGCACGCUCUCGCCACUUCCUUGACGACUCCCGCUGCGCUCAUCAGCCUCACCUUGGUGGUGAUCUACAAGGAGGUGGUGCAACACAACUGCUGCUCGGCCCUGGUUGGCAAACCCGAAAUUGCGGAUGGACUUUCGUCGUCGCUGCGCUCACUCCUGCCCAACCUGACGGCACUUCGUAUUCGCAACGGCGCAGGGAGGUCAUGCAACGCCUAUAUCACUGAAGCGCUGCCUAGCAUGGCCCAGGUGCUGGUAGUUACGGGCGGAGGGGUGCGGUGA